GGGGUCUUACUCCCUUUUCUGUUUCAGUUCUCCUCUUACAAAGUUCUCAGCCAGGUCUUCAUAUGCCUCAUCCCGUCUUCGCCGCUCUUCCCUGCGCUCGGAUUUCAUACGUAGUCCCCGUUUUCUCUACAGGCGGGGCCACCUUUUUCCGCCAUGGCCGCCUCCUUUGCAGGAGAAGUAUUAGUGCCGAGGCUUCCGAUGGGAUUGGGGCCCCGGCCGCUGGAGGAAGGAUCGUAGAUGGAGACUCCGGUGCCCGUGCCGACGGAGAAAGGAACCAAACGUCUUCGGAAGCUCAAUCUCGUGGUCCCUUGCUCUCAGCUUCUUCGAUUCCAGUUGUCAAGAAGGAUAUUAAGAAGGUUGUUCAGAAAACUGCUGCUACCUUUGCCCCAAGGGCUUCUACUGCCUCUAAGAAUCCUGCUGUGCCUGGAACUGCACUCUACACCAUCUUUGAGGUUCAAGGCUAUGCUUCAAUGUUAAUCGGUGGCGCCCUUUCGUUCAAUCUUAUAUUUCCAUCAAAUGAACCUGACAUAUGGAGGCUGAUGGGAAUGUGGUCAAUUUGGAUGUUUACUAUCCCUUCAUUAAGAGCACGAGAUUGCUCCAAGAAUGAGAAGGAAGCUCUGAAUUACCUAUUUCUUCUCAUUCCACUACUCAAUGUCCUCAUCCCUUUUUUCUGGAAAUCCUUUGCAGUUGUUUGGUCUGCAGAUACUAUUGCCUUCUUUGUAUUGUAUGCUUGGAAGAUGGGCUGGCUUCAAAGGACAGAGUAAACCAGAGGCUUGCUGUUAAUAAUCUCCACUAAUGCUAUUCUGCUACUUCUGUAUCAGGCUUCAAUUCAGUUUUUAUUUUUUAUA